AUGAGUUCAAGAAAACGCAAAUCUGAAGAAACAUAUAUACGAAGUGUUAUGAGGGAAUUUCAAAAGGAAAUCAUUCAAUUUCUCGAAACCAUCUCGAAAGCUCAAAUGGAUACCUUAAAGAAAUUACGUAAAGAAUUCAGAGAAAUUAAAACGAAAAUGUAUGGUUUAAAUGAAACUACUAGAUUUAACAUUGAUCGUAAUAUUGAAAUUGAAUUAGAAGCUAUUGAAUCGGAGAACAGGUCUCUAAGAGAGAAACUGAAGAACUUGGAAAAAAACUUAAUUCAUCUUACAAAAUCGGCUAUUACGCGCAAAGACGAAAAAGAUCAUAAUUAUUUUCAAAUACAAUGCUUAAAAGGGCCCACUGACAAAGAUAAUGAAAUUUUAGUUCAUAAUAAAAAGGAAGUGACUGGUAUUGAAAGAACCGAAGACAUUCCUCCGGCGAAAAAACUCGGUAAGUUUAUUAUUUAA